AUGGGUGCCAUCACCCGCAUUCUGUCGCGACCGGUUAACAAGCCGUAUCGCACGAAGGACCUUCACUCCAACGAGCCUCCCUUCUUAAACGAACAUGGCUACGUCGACUUUGCCCCCGGAGAUGUCGAGAACCCCAGAAACUGGUCCAUGGCCCGGCGGUUCUUCAUCACCGCCGCGACCGUCUUCCUCGUCAUGAACGCCACUUUUGCUUCCAGCGCCCCCAGCGGCUGCUUCCCGUCCAUCGCGGAAUCCUUCCACGUCUCCGAGGAGGCCGCUGGCCUGACCAUUACUCUCUUCUUGCUUGGAUACUGUGCCGGUCCUCUCAUCUUCGCCCCCCUGAGUGAGCUGUACGGCCGUCGCUGGAUCUUCUAUAGCACCUUCAGCCUCUACUUGGCCUUUAACUUCCUCUGUGCCUUUGCGCCCAACUUUGGCAGUCUCCUCGUUGGUCGUUUCCUCACAGGCACUUUUGUCUCUGCACCCCUAAGUAACGGCCCCGGUGUCUUGGCCGAUCUAUGGAACCCUAUUCAGCGUGCAAACGCCAUGGGCGGCUUCGCUGCCAUGCUCUGGAUUGGACCCUCCCUCGGUCCCAUCAUCGCUGGUUUCCUCCAGCUCAAGAAGGAUUGGCAAUGGACCUUUUACGUCCUCCUCAUGCUUGGCGGUGCCUCUGCCCUCUUCAUGCUGACCAUUCCCGAGACCCAUGCACCGACUGUUCUGCGCCACAAGGCCAAGCGCAUCCGCAAGGCCAAGAUUCCCGGUUAUGAGAACGUCAAGGCCCAGAUCGAAGACAGUAACCAAAGCUUCAUCAGCGUCUACAAGGUUGCCCUCACUCGCCCAUGGAUCAUCCUUUUCGACACAAUCUCCUUCCUCAUCGCCAUCUACCUCUCGGUCGUCUACACCCUCCUCUACAUGCUCUUCACCAUUUACCCCAUCGUUUUCCAGGAGAAGCGUGGCUGGAACGCAGGAGUUGGCGAGCUUCCUUUGAUUGGCACAGUUUUGGGUGCCAUGUUGGGCGGUCUCAUUGUUCUCUUUGAUACACGCCGUCAGCAGAAGAAAGUUGACACCGGCAAGAAGCAAAUGCACGAGAUGACGCCCGAGGAUCGUCUCCCCCUUGCCAUCAUCGGCGGCAUCACCUUUGCAGUGGCCAUGUUCUGGUUCGCUUGGUCAGCCAACUUCAACUCCGUCCACUGGAUCGUCCCCACCAUCGCCGGAUCCUUCCUCUCCACCGCCCUCCUCCUCCUCUUCGUCGGCUUCCUCAACUACCUCGUCGACGCCUACCUCAUGUACGCCGCCUCCGCCAUCGCCGCAAACACAAUCAUGCGCUCCGCCUGCGGCGCCGCCGCACCGCUCUUCACCGUCCAAAUGUUCCACUCCAUGGGCGUCGGCGGCGGCGGCUCCCUCGUCGGCGGUGUCGCCGCCGUCCUCGCCAUCAUCCCCUUCAUGUUCUACAAGUACGGCGCCAAGAUCCGCGCCCGCAGCCGCUUCAACCCCAAAGGUUUCAAGCCCCCCGCAAAGGACGUCGAGGCCGCCCCCGCGGGUGGUGUCGUCCUCGAGGACCCCAACGAGGGCGAGUCGGAAGAUACAGAGUCCGAUUCGGGUGCCAGCACCAUGGCUGGUGAUGAGAGCGGGGAGAAGAGCAACGAUGAGAAACAUCAUGCUGGCCACAAGCGAGAAGAAGCCGGCGAGCACACAGAAGCAUCCGCUUCUACCGAAAAGGUGAAGUCGGAAGAAUCAGUGUAA